UUGGUGCUCUCGUCUCAGGCCAGCAGGAAGGCCAAGAAGAAGGAGGGGGGGGCCCUGCGGGCCCAGAGGGCGUCAUCCAAUGUCUUCUCCAACUUUGAGCAGACCCAGAUCCAGGAGUUCAAGGAGGCGUUCACACUCAUGGACCAGAACCGAGACGGCUUCAUUGACAAGGAGGACCUGAAGGACAUCUACGCCUCCCUGGGCAAAACCAACGUCAAGGAAGAGGAGCUGGACGCCAUGCUCAGGGAGGCCUCGGGGCCCAUCAACUUCACCAUGUUCCUGAACAUGUUUGGGGAGAAGCUGAGCGGCACGGAUGCCGAGGAGACCAUCCUCAACGCAUUCAAGAUGCUGGACUCCGACGGCAAAGGCAGCAUCAACAAGGACUACAUCAGGCGGCUGCUCGUGUCCCAGGCCGACAAGAUGACCGCUGAGGAGGUUGACCAGAUGUUCCAGUUCUCCACCAUCGACGCUGCAGGCAACCUGGACUACAAGGCACUGAGCUACGUGCUCACCCACGGGGAGGCGGAGUGAGGGGCACCCCUCCCCCAAUGGGCCGCGGCCAGUUCA